UGUCACGAAGACUGUACGAACGGACUUCACGCUCCUCAAUCAACAGGAAUUAGGUGCAGCUAGACCCGGACUCCACGCUCCUCAAUCAAUAGGCGUUAGACACAAUUCAUUAUUCUGAUUGUCUUAUAUAUAUCUAAAAGCAUUGUAUUGACAAGUUAAGUUGAAUAAGAGUAAAAUAUUCAUCUUCUUCUCUAAGCUUUCUUCUAGGUUUAAGAAAGCGUUCAUGGUAUCAGAGCCAUGGAUAGUCCAUCAGAAAUUUUUUCUCCUUCCACUCUGAGUAUCUCUCAGUGUGUUACUCUUAAACUCACAGAAACCAACUAUUUACUAUGGAAGACACAGUUUGAGUCUUUCCUCUCAAGUCAAAUACUUUUGGGCUACGUUAAUGGUGACACUCCUCGUCCCUCACCAACUACUUCUGUGAAGACUGGAGAUCUGGUGACUGAGUCUCCAAAUCCGGAUUUCGUCAAAUGGAUUCGAAAUGACCAGAUUGUUCUCGCCUGGUUGUUUGGAUCUUUGUCUAAAGAAGCUCUGCGCUCUGUUUAUGGUCUUCACACAUCCAAAGAGGUAUGGAUGACUCUUGCUAAGAAAUUUAAUCGAGUGUCUGCAACUAGGAAGCUAGAUUUACAAAGGCGUUUGUAUGGUCUCAUGAAACAUGGGAAAUCAAUGGCUCAAUAUUUGUCUGAUGCAAAAGCUAUAUGUGAUCAAUUAGACUCGAUUGGCUGUUCUCUUACAGAUCAAGAGAAAAUUUAUGGUCUGUUACAUAACUUAGGUCAGGAAUAUGAGUCUAUAACAACAUACAUUGAGAACUCUAUGGAUUCAUUUCCUGGUCCUACUUUUGAAGAUGUUGGUUAUCGUCUUACCAACUUUGAUGACAAACUCCAAGGAUAUACCAACUCUGCUUCUGCUGUUACUCCACACCUUACGUUCUCUGCUGAAAGAGACUACUACAGCUCAGGUCGAGGUCAAGGAUAUGGUCGGUCUGGUUCACGAGGAAGAGGUCGUGGUUACUCCACUCGAGGCAGAGGAUUCCAUCAACAGAUCAACACGCAGUCUUCUCAGUCAAGUUCAGAACGUCCUACAUGUCAAAUCUGUGGCAAAUAUGGCCACUCUGCAGCAAAAUGUUACAAAAGAUUUGAUCAUUCGUACCAAAUGGAGGGUGUUCACAGUGCUAUGGCUGCAAUGAAAGUGACUGAUCACUCCAUGCCUUCGGGACAAGAAUGGUAUCCUGACACUGGCGCUACAGCUCACAUUACCAACUCCCCUGCUCAACUUCAGAACUCUCAAGUCUACAAGGGUGAUGAUGCUGUAAUGGUUGGUAAUGGAGAUUUUCUCCCUAUAACACAUAUCGGGUCCAUUGCUAUUCCCACUCUCCAAGAAUUUGGCUUCAUUUGCAGUUAUCCAGAUCCUUCCCUGUUUGUCUAUCUCAGAGGAAACGACACUAUGCUAUUACUUCUCUACGUUGAUGAUAUGUUGUUAACCGGAAACAACUCUAAACUCAUGGAUCAGCUUCUGGUGAGCUUAAGCAGUAUUUUUCGGAUGAAGGACUUAGGCCCUCUACACUACUUUCUCGGAAUUCAAGCUCUUUUUCAUGAUGGUGGUCUCUUCCUAAACCAAGAAAAAUAUGCUACAGAUCUCUUAGUCACUGCAGGAAUGGCUGAUUGUGCUCCCAUGCCUACUCCACUUCCUUUGCAGCCUGGAAAGAUCGCUGGCCAGUCCAAACUCUUUUCAAAUCCUACUUAUUUCCGAAGUUUGGCAGGUAAACUUCAAUAUCUCACUUUGACGAGGCCUGACAUCCAAUUUGCAGUUAACUUUGUGUGUCAAAAAAUGCAUUCUCCAUCUGAGGAUGACUUUUUCUUACUCAAGAGAAUCCUACGGUAUGUGAAAGGCACAGUCCGGUUGGGUAUAAAUCUCUCAAACACCACUGAUUCUACUCUUCGAGUCUAUAGUGACAGUGGGUGGUCUGGUUGUAAAGACACCAGUCGCAGCACUGGCGGUUUCUGCACAUUUCUUGGGGCUAACAUAAUCUCAUGGUCAUCAAAACGACACCCCACUGUCUCUCAUUCAUCUACUGAAUCAGAGUACCGAACUCUGUCUCUUGCCUCUCGUGAAAUCAUGUGGUUGAAUAAUCUUCUCAGAGAAACAGGAGUUGCUCAGCCUGUUACUCCUAAGAUGUACUGUGACAACUUAUCUGUAGUUCAUCUCACCGUCAAUCCAGCUCUUCACUCAAAAAUGAAACACUUUGCUCGUGACUUUCAUCAUGUCCGAGAACAAGUUGCUCUUGGUGCUCUCAUAGUGGAACAUAUUCCUGCACAAGACCAGCUUGCUGACAUCUUCACUAAGUCACUCCCUCCAGCAGCUUUCUGUGAUCUUCGUUUCAAACUUGGCCUCUGCUUGCCACCGACGCCAAGUUUGCGGGAAGGUAAUAACAGUAAGGUCCCUCUAAGCCAUCUAAUGUAGAACAUGGGCCUAAGGAAGCCCACCAGAAAGCCUACCAAGUCCAGAAACGUAGCUGUCAUACGAAUGAGUUUCAUCAUAACCAAAAACCUGCAAAUAGCGUUGCAGUCACUGCAGUCAAAAGCAGAGUACCACGUAGCUGUCACGAAGACUGUACGAACGGACUUCACGCUCCUCAAUCAACAGGAAUUAGGUGCAGCUAGACCUGGACUCCACGCUCCUCAAUCAAUAGGCGUUAGACACAAUUCAUUAUUCUGAUUGUCUUAUAUAUAUCUAAAAGCAUUGUAUUGACAAGUUAAGUUGAAUAAGAGUAAAAUAUUCAUCUU